CGCUCGGUUAGCCAAUCACAGCGUAGGAUUUGAUUCAUCUUGCUCGCUCACGGAGCAAGCCAUAUAAUAAAUGUACUUAACAGCUUUUCAGGCCAGAACUUAACACAACUCUUUUUUAUGCACUUUCCUCUAAACUGUCCGGGAUAUUUGGUGACCUGUAAAAGAGAGACCAGGAGAUUCGGUCUGCAUUUGGGAGAUUCUCGGAUAAUCCAAGAGAGUUGGCAUAGAUGCAUACAGUCAAAUAAAAAAGUGACAGGAAAGUAUAAAAGAGAAAAUCAUUGGUGACAUCAGCAUGUCGGGAUGCAGAGUGUCGGUAUGCACAACAAAGAAUUUCAAAAUCAAGCUUACAGGAAAUGUAUGGAAAUAUCAGUAAUGUGAAAUUGCAUUGUCCUGGGACAAAAAAAAAAGAAAUAUAAAUUGCACACUGCUUCACUGUUAUAUAACGGGCAUAUAAGCCUACAUCCGGUGCCUUUGAUUUCUCAUUUGAUAACAAAUAUGUCUAACUCAACUUUGAUUUGCAAAAUUUUCUUCAAUGUUCAUGUGUUUAAGAGUCCCUCGACUGGAUGCAGUUUGUUUGGAAACAACUCUGGUAAGCGACUGCCUUCAUUAGGAGAAAACAAUGGAUAUCCAAUAAUGCAAAUCCGCUGUGUUGUUCAAUGACUACACGUGUGUUUGGUGAUGAGUGGUGAAACGCCUCUUGUCUCUCGUGCGGUACUCUGUAAAUCCUUAGUGAAUCAUAACAGUGGGCGAAGGUCAGAGCGGAAAGUUUUUCACAAAAAUUCUCGAUACAAUAUAUUCUUUCGGCGGCAUGCGGCAAACUUAAAACCGAGCAAGACGUAUAGAUGUCUCCGCAGUAUUAAACUAGAACGCAAUCGAUCUCUCGAAAAUCGAAUUUACAACGCAUACACUAAUACGAAAAUGGUCUCAAAACAACAUACAGUGUAGUUGGCCCUGAUUACUGUUUUAAAAUUAAAGUUAUUAAUUCUGACACUUCAGGAAGGAAAGUUGUUUAGCUUUUUGUGGUCGUGCGAACUAUAAAAUAUGAAUAGGCGAUUGUUUAGUUUUGAGAAUAAAUGGUCAGGCGUUCAAGCAUGGCAAAAAAAUACCCAAAAAUCAAGCCUCGGCUUGUUUCCUUUCAACUGAAGACAUAACUCACUAGCGUUUUCUAAUUCGAUUUUAAGAGUAUCAUUGUUUACAGCAUGCCUCCUCGUAUAUAAUCUCCCAUUUGGUAUAGAUUUUCGAGGAGCUUCUCCAUACCUCCGAUGUUAACCGCACAAUUUGUAAGAGAGAGGAAUUGAACGAAGGAAAUCUACAUGUAAACCAUUUGUGCGAGGUGAAAUGUAUCAAAGAAAGUUCACCGAAAGGUUGCGAAAUUUAAGUCGACAAGCCGAAUCUUACAGCGAACUUGAACUUGACGAAAACAUCUGCUUGCAAAUGUUUUUUACUAGUGUUUUCUGCAUACUAAAGAGGAAAAUGCCUUAACGCCCAUAAUUAACAAAGAAAUAUUCUCCCGCAAAAACUAGAUCCAAAACAACGCUUACACAUCUAAUUUUGAGUAGGAGCUUUGCGGAUGAUAGUGCUGUAUACGUAAAUUGUAUUGAUUAAGCUUAAUGUUACACAAUACUAUCUGAUGUUUGCCUCUGAAAUCACCAGGGAGUUUAUUUUCGUAAAAUAUAGUGUAAGUGAAGUACCACCGAUUUGCUUUGAUUGCCGCCAAUCCAAGUAAAACUACACUCGUACGAUAGCAGACUUACUUCUAAAAGAUAAAAUCGUGAAAACCUACCUGGUGAAGUAUUUCCAUCUCCACCUCCAGUUACACUGUUUUUGACGAAAACUGCGUUUGACAGCGGGAAAACACUUCACCGUACUCGCUUCCAGCACAUUCGUUUCACCUUCUGGCGUGGAGGAUUCUUCGUUUUGCUGUUUCUUAUUUUCGUCCGAAGGAGAAUUCAUUGGCUUUCGCGCAAGCGAUGCAGGAUACUGAGGAACACGUGAGGGAAGCCAGGUUUAUAAGCGUCUUGUUGUGCUCCAGAGUGUUCGAGGAUGUUGACACAAAUAUUUCAUACUGAAUUCAAAACGUGACAGAGGAAGUGGGCUCCGGUGACGAACUUUGAACCACUUUGAAAUUUGAGUAUUCAAGUCCAGGCUUCGCUCAUUCACAGUUGGCCGAUUUCGGGGACAACAUCCUGUCAACCUCAAGCAUUCCUUGCACAGAAAACGACGGAAAUACAACUAGUUCCCAGCUCCUUACGCGUUUUUCAAGAUGGCGGCCGGAGGACCGAUGAUUGAGGCAGUUAUCGCUGCAAUGAACACUGAACAAGGGGUGUGGCCUGAAAAUGUGGAGCUGUAUGAACCCUGCAAAGAUACCAUUCUUUUAACAGAUGCUGCCAGUUGUAAAAGUACAGAGGCUUACCUAAGAUUCUGUGGAUUAGCUUAUGGCGUAAAGUCCAGACGGAAUGCCGAAUUUAUGUCUCCAACAGGUAAUGUUCCUUUCCUGAGAGCAGACAGGGAGCUUACUGGUAAUUUUCAGGGAAUAACAUCUUAUAUUGAGGCCAAGGGAUUCUCCACAAGUGCAGACAUGGAAAUGCAAGACAAAGCUGAAAUGGAGGCAUACAUAUCAUUGAUUGAAAACUCUCUCCUGCCAGCUGAGCUUUACAUGUUAUGGUGGAAGAAAGACUGGGCGGCACGAACAAGGCAGCAGUAUGGCAGCCAGUUUCCUGUUCCUAUUAACCUUGUUCUCAGCUACAGGAAACAGUGGCAAGUAUGUCAGUAUCUGAAGGCUCAUGGCUGGCAUCGUAAGACAGAGAGAGAGGUUCUUGAAGAGUUUAAGCAGACCUGCCAGGCUCUUUCUGAAAAACUUGGAAAUAACAAGUUCUUCGUAAGUGAUAGGCCAACAGAGUUAGAUGCAUUAGUAUUUGGUCAUCUCCAUGCAGUCCUGACCAGAUAUCUCCCUGACGAUUCUCUCAGCUCUGUCGUUAGAAAUCACAGAAACCUUGAACACUUUGUCAUGAGGAUCUUGAACGACUUCUUUCAGUAACUUCAGGAAGCUCUGUUGUUUCACUAGCAUUUUUCGUACUGGGAUGUAGGACGAGAAAGGAAUGAGAUGACAAAGCCUGGUUGUACAGAGCAAGGGAAACGCGUCGUGUCGCCUGGAAUACGAUUCACCCGGACUCGAAGUCCAUUCGAAUGGUCAGCUAACUGGUCCCUAAUAAAGCAAUUUUCAGUUACGA